UUGCCUCCCCCGCUGAACCACUAUUCAUUUACAGUAACUGCGGCCCGCAAACGAAGCAGAAUACUACUAGUAUUGUAGCUAGCAGCUUCUACCGCAGCCUGAACCUCACAAGACUGCAGGUGAACAAUCCCCGGAUUUCAAGUUCGCGGUUCCUGCCCUGAUAACAGCCUACCUUACUACUACCACCCAUCAAGAGCACACCAUCACGCCGUCCAUCUUGCACACCCACUGAACCGCUGCGACAUCUAUUAUCCUCGACACUACCGUGGUGCUGUAACUGCAAAUUCCCCGCGGCCCUCCAAUCUUCCUGCACACCUUGAAUGGUCAUUCCCACCAUGUCCGAUUCUCCCAUCACGAAUGCGCCCGUGGGCCCGCAAGAGAAACCCAUCCUGGACAAACUGCUCUUGAUAAGAGACAAGUUGCUCCUUCUGAAGCAGGACAAAAGCACGUAUAUCAAGUCCUCGGAUGUUCUUCCACUGUACGAGCAGGUCAUCGAGCAGGUCUCCAUCCUCAAUGAAAUCCGCGGCUCGGAGCGCCUCGUCCAGAACCGCGUCGAUACCGUUCUUGAUGACUGCCUUCAGCUGAUCUCGCUAUUUUUCAUGGCCAUCGGGCGCAACCAUGAAGCGCCUGCACUGUAUGCCAUGACAGGCACCAUCACCCGUCUCUGCCACCACUUGAAAGAGGCGGCUUUCUACAGCCAAAAGGACCUUGGGAGCCUGGAGAACACCCUCGCCAAGAUGGAGGCGACUUUGGAGAAUGGGAAAGAUAAAUACUCUCAUCACUUGUUGACGAGAAUACAACAUCGUUUGGAGGUCUGUAAGGCCAUGCUGAAAGAGUUGCGGGAUUUCCUCGCCACACUGUCCCCAGAGAUGACUCCCACUUGGGAGAAAUUGGUUUCCAUUCUGCGGGCGAUUGCAGCAUUGAACACGAGAAGCAAGUAUAGUCAGAAAGACCUGGACGAACUACGCAACCAAUUGCUUCAGAUCCGAUCCACCAUGAAAGAUGGCAAGCUGCCGGACGAGUCGGGUAAUACGUCUCCUGGACAGGACCUUGUGGUUCCCUUACUCGAGAGGUGCCUCCGUUUUGCGGAUAUGGUUGAGGAAAGGAAAGGCAAGAUUGAUGAAAGAUUCCAAGAUAUCUACGAUCAACUCAUCGAGAUCCGGAACCAACUGGACCGUUUAACUAUGACACAAGCGUGGUCGCUUCGCGAGACCGAUUUGUUUAUGUGGCAACGAAAACUAGAUCGGAUCGAUGAUUCAAGGCGAGACGGCAACUUCUUCGAUGCCGAGGGUCAUCCGGCGGAUUUGCAUGCUCAAAGGACAUUGCUCUAUCUCAUCCGUCGAGGCUAUGCCUAUAUUUACCAGCUUCUGAUCGCGUCAGAACCGGUGUCGGAGGCCCUUCUCCCCAUCUAUAACCAACUUUUGACCCUACGGAGAUGUCUGAUCGAGGUCAAGAAGGCUGGGGGCGUGUCCAACCCCCGCGAACUGUACCCCUACAGCAUGAAACUCAACUCCAUCGAUAACAUGCGUGUGGACGGAAAGUUCCAAAUUGGCAAAGAUAUUCCUGAAGGGCAAGGGAGCGUCAAUGAUCUGCUAGCGGAAUGUUAUGAUUUGGCCUACGAAUUGAGAACGGCUGCUGAGGAGGAACAAGAGGACUCAUGAGUUGACUGCGGUGAUAUUGGCGUCAUGGAGGCGGAAUCAAAGUCAACUUUAUGCCUGUACGUUGUUGUAUUCAAAUUGAGGCGAAAGGGUUUAGGUAUCCCAUGAUGGUGGUGCUAUACAUGCUUCUGCCACUGGUACCGGGACUGCAGGGCUGGAAAGCUUGGGGGUGAUUUAGCUGGCGGCUCUUUUUGUGCAAGCACUGGCAUCAAUGACUUUUGUAAAUUCUCCUCGAUCAACUUUGUUCCGAAGCUGCAGAUGCGAAGGAAGUGUCAUCACGAUUCAUCACGAUUUUUAUGAAUGCCGGUACAGUUGUACAUAGUACUGGUGUCGACAAUGUAGAUCCAUCCAUAAUCAGAACCAUAUGAUUGGCGCCCUGGUGCGCAGCCUCGGCCCGCUUUUUACCCCGAGCUGGA